UGCAAAGCGCUCAAAAAACCUUGAUGAAUACAAAUCAGAAAGUCUGCGAGUGCGAAAUUAAAGAAAAAAUGCCAAAUAUAAAGGUGUUCGGUGGUAGUUCUCACACGGAUCUGACGCAAAAGAUCUGUGACAGACUUGGUUUCGAGCCGGGUAAAGUUAUAACAAAGAAAUUCAGCAAUGGUGAAUGCAGUGUUGAAAUCGGUGAGUCAGUGCGAGGCGAAGAUGUUUACAUUGUGCAGACAGGCAGCAAUGAAGUGAACGACAUGCUCAUGGAGUUGCUUAUCAUGAUCAAUGCCUGCAAGAUUGCCUCAGCAAUACGGGUCACUGCUGUCAUUCCCUGCUUUCCUUACGCCCGACAGGACAAAAAGGACAAGAGUCGAGCCCCAAUCUCAGCCAAGCUGGUGGCCAACAUGCUGUCAACUGCUGGAGCUGACCACAUCAUUACAAUGGAUCUCCAUGCUUCCCAGAUUCAGGGCUUCUUUGACAUUCCCGUGGAUAACCUGUACGCAGAGCCAGCUGUCCUGAAGUGGGUCAAGGAUAACAUUCCAGAGUGGAGAAACUGCUGCAUUGUCUCCCCAGAUGCUGGUGGAGCUAAGAGAGUGACCUCCAUCGCAGACAGACUGAAUGUGGACUUUGCUCUGAUCCAUAAGGAGAGGAAGAAGGCCAACGAGGUCUCAUCCAUGGUUCUUGUUGGAGACGUGAAGGACAAAAUUGCCAUCUUGGUCGACGACAUGGCUGAUACCUGUGGAACAUCCUGCCAUGCUGCUGAAAAACUACUCGAGGCUGGAGCAGUGAAGGUGUUUGCUAUCUGCACUCACGGUAUCCUCUCCGGCCCCGCAAUCUCGAGAAUCAACAACUCAAUGUUUGAGACCUUUGUCGUCACCAACACCAUCCCCCAGGAGGAACGUAUGAAGUCAGCUUCAAAAAUAUGUUGUCUAGAUAUUUCCAUGAUCCUUGCCGAGGCUAUCAGGCGCACUCACAACGGGGAAUCUGUCUCGUACUUGUUCAGCAAUGUGCCCUUGUAGUGCCUGUACAGUACUUGGAAUGCACCGCAGAAUAACUCAAAGGAAGGCAGCAGCAGGGAUAAACAACAGACUGUGAUGGAUUACAAUAGCUAUCUUCUAACAUGUGAAUCUAUUAGUUCUUCAAAAUAUUUGUAUAUUUCUUGGAAUCAUGUCUACACUCAAGAGUAAUUAGUUUUUGUAUUCAGUGUAAUAUCACGAUAUAUAUCACUGAGUGAGCACAACCAGCUAUAUUUCAUUAGUGGAGAGUUUACGUGGUGACAUUAAUUGUGAUCUUACACUGAAACAAACAUUUUUUCCUCCUGUUAUUUGCCUUAAUGGGAUAUAAAAUGACAUUUAAUUGGAAGUUUUUCAUAAAGGCACACCAAUUAUAUGCGAACAGACAUCAUUUCAAUAAUGAUGUAUGAUUUGUUUUCUACUCCAGUGCGUGCUAAUGGUUGAUUUGAGUGCAAGAAAGAGCAAAAUUUUCAAAACAACCUGAAACAUAUUUCUAUAAACACCCAGAACACAUAAUAUAAUAAAUUGAUGUUCUGACAGUGUUUACUCACCGUAUGUGUCAUACUUUAUUUGUAGAGUUAUGCCCUUUGUUUGUUUGGCUGAAGUUGUUUUGCUUUGGUUUUGUGACAUCCCUUUUGUUGUGAAUUUAUAUAACUGGUCACUGAAUAUAAAGGUACUGUUUAUCAAUCUACUUUCCACAUAGAAAAACUGACUGCCACUGUCAGUGAUUGAUUGUAUUCUUUUACAUUUCAACAUGGAACUUUCUACCUACUGGCGGGCUCAAACAUCCACAAAGGAUCCAUAAAUGUACAGUUAGCAUUGGUUCAACAUCAACCAGCUAAAUAAAUUGUAACUCCACUUCGUUGCAAAAAGGCAUCAUGAUUGUGCUUUAUUAGCUGCUAGAGAUUUUGUACAGUUUUAUGAUCUGAAAGUUGGAAUACCACCGAUCUGAAAAUCGAUGAUACCCCAGUACAAUUUUUUUAAUUAACAUUCAUGUAAGUCUUUGUAUACAAUAAAACUCUCUAAAGUGCAUGUAUUACCAUUUUUAUUUUCAUAUGUUAUAGGGGAUAGUGGUAAACUGUUAACUUAUUUUUGUUUAAAUUAUGUUCAUUUCAAUCAACACAAAUCUGUACACGUUUAGUUAUUUAAAUACAUACAUUUACCAGUGCUAUGUACACUAUAGUUAUAUAUACAUUUCUUUCUAAAUAUAAUAUAUCCUGUUAGUAUAAGACCCAAUGCAUGUAUGCUAAGUUGUUAUUAUUUUGCAUGUAUUACUAAGAGUAAAAUGCUUCAAAGUGCUAUUAUAGAAUUGAAGUGCAAUGUCAUUAUUUACCGGAUUUGUUUAACGCAAAAAGCAUUGUUUAAUAUACGAUUACGCUUCACCGUCAUAAAAUAUUUACAUUAUUAUACACAAAAUAAGGUAAACUUCUCAAUCAUAGAAUACUCUAAACAAUUAGAUUUUUAGUUCCUUUCUGAAAUUAAUUUCACUUUGAUUUGUUUAAGAUUUUUAGUUCCUUUCUGAAAUUAAUUUCACUUUGAUUUGUUUAAUGUCUAGAGUGAACAUAGUAAUGAUACAUCUUCAUAACAAUUAUUCGUACCGAUUCGAGCAGAUGAAUGAUUUCAUAUUGUAAUUGGGGCAUUGUAAAGUGUACUUAGCAAUUACAAUGUCUAUCUGCCCUGAGUAAAUAUUGACCAAUUUAAGUUUUGAUUAAAUUGAACCAAACCAACAAAUUACCAGUUUAAUACAAUUGGCUGCUGUGAUUAAAUAUCAUCUACAUGUGUCUCCUUGUCUCAUCAUUUGUCUUGUAUAUUAAUAGUUCUACUCAAUUUGUCUUGUAUAUUAAAUAAUAGUUCUACUCAUUUAUCAAUUCAUUUUACCAAUUUAUGUUUCCUUUUAAAACAGUUUAUAUAGGGCAGAUUUCACAAAAAAGGCAAUUAUUUGGCCCAUUUGCUUUCAUUUAUUGUUAUUGCAUGUCAACGUCAUAUAUACAGCAAUUGCCUUUCCCAACCCAAUAAGAACACCUAAUAGAAGUGAUUUGUAUUAAAAUAAUGAAAAUAUUGUGUUAAAUAAGGUAAAAAAAUGUAAAAAUAUGCCGAUAUUUAGGACAAAAAAGACAGAAAAUCUUCCUGGUACCAAUAUACCACUUUUUUGAGGAUGCUUUUCAAUAACAUCUGGUAAGUAUUUUAUUCUUGUCUGUUGAAUAAUGUUUGCAAGAAAUGUUAAUUAAAACAAUAAUAUAUCUAAAAUGAUUGCAUUUCGUUCGUAAUAUACUUAAAUUUUCGGUAAUUGCGCAUGGUGAUAACGUUACGGUAAUCUGUCCUCGAAUUGUUGUGUAACAUUAGCAGACAUGAUCCACUGCUAACUGUUUUUAGCCUAAACACACCUUUAUUAAAUCACUGAAAACAAAGACUACGUGUCGGAUAAACACAGUAUUGCAUGUAACAAGAAAUUGGUCAUUCCCGAUCAUAAAGUUUUUUAGGUCUAAAAAUGUGUUAAUGUUACUCAAAAUCGAUUCUGUCCCAUUUUAGCAUGACGAUAGCACCUUUUCUAUUCGUGAAUAAUUUACACCGACUGAGGGUUAACAUCCGGGUAGCGAUUACUUUUAUAUUGGACUGGUUCACAGUUGACAUUGAAAUGAUAAAAAUAGUGGUGAAUACCGUUGAUAAAAACUUAAUCCAAGUUUGGCUCAUUCUGUCCUUCGAUGUAACGUUAACAUUAUGUCACGCUAGCAUUAACACGAGCGCUUAAUAAAGCAAGAAAAUCGUUGAAAUUUGAUGACUUUCCCAGAGUCAAUUAUUCGAACAUAACAAUGUCGUCUGUAAACUAUCGUUUGUAAGUAUUCAUUAAUUAGGUACGUAGUUUAUAUUGAAUUCAUACCGCUUUUGUGUUUGAUAUCGUUAUUUAUUGGACAGAAUUAAGAAUUUUUGUGAUUAUCAAUUGACCGUGUUUAUCAAUCAUUUAUAUAGUUUGUUUUAUACUGUAUCAAGCUCAAACAGUCUGUGGUAGGUCUGUAUUUUAAUUUGUUGUGAAACAUUCUGUCCAACUGCUAAUGUGACAUACUGCUAAUGUUACUCAUUCUGUUUUGUGGUAACACUAGCACAUACUGCAAUUAGCAAUUUAUAAUAUAUAUGUUUAAUAUCAAAGGUAAUGAUAAUUGCACCAUACUAGAGACAUUUAUAUUACCACAACAAAACAUUUAUGUUUAUAGCUUAUCUGAUCUGAUAUAAAAAGAAAACCUAUGUUUGCAGAAAGCAUUUUCUGUCUUGUUGUCCAAUUAGGGUUUGUUUCAAUAAAUUUAUUUGAG